AAAUAAAUAAACUAGUGUGGAGUCAGUUACUUUAUAGAUGCAUUUAGUUUUACAAAACCACUUUGAAGUGAACUUUGAUUAAAGAGUGUUGAAUUCUUCGUCUACACUCCAUCUCCAUGUGCUCACACUCCAGCGAUCGAUGAGCUUUUGAUGGAGGUUUUACGGAGCUAACGAGUUCAAAUCUGUUCGUUAAUCGAUGUGGAAGGUUUUGUAGAUUUUGGGAGGAAAUGGAGAUGAUGAACAUGAAGAAUAGGUCCAUUUUCAUUAUAGCGGUCUUGUUUGGGUCUGUUUUCUCUCUGGUUACCACUGAACCUACAGAAGAUAAGAAAGUUUUGCUUGAUUUCAUUGACAAAAUUCCGCAUUCUCGUGUGAUUAACUGGCAUAUGAACACUUCAGCUUGUAGUAACUGGACAGGGGUAACAUGUAAUCACAAUCGUACAUCGGUCAUUGCUCUCCGUUUGCCUGCCAUUAGCCUUGAUGGCUCUAUACCCCCAAACACUCUUGGUCGAUUAUCAAAUCUUCAGAUAUUAAGCUUGAGAUCCAACGGUUUAUCAGGUCCUUUUCCUUUUGAUUUCUUGAAUCUAAGAAACUUAACAGCUUUACAUCUCCAAUGCAAUGGUUUCUCUGGUCCAUUACCUUCGAAUUUAUCUGUUUGGAACAAUCUUUCGUUUCUUAAUCUGUCCAACAACGCUUUUAACGGAAGCAUUUCUCCUUCCAUCUUAAACUUGACUCACCUCACCGCUCUGAGUCUUGCAAACAACUCACUUUCUGGUGAAAUCCCCGAUUUUAGUACUGCGAGUUUACAAGUUCUUGAUCUGUCUAAUAACAAUCUCACGGGAACCGUGCCUCGAUCUCUAGUGAGAUUUCCUAGCUCUGCAUUUUUGGGAAAUGAUCUUGUUCCCGAAAAUUUAUCGCUUCCAUCUGUUUCUCCUAUUCAAGGAGCAUCGAAACAACCAAAACUCAGUAAAUUGGGACUUGGUAUCGUAAUCGGUGGUUGCGUGUUACUAUUGGGAUUAAUCGCAUUGCUAACGGUUAUUUGGCACUUGAAGAAAGAAAGCAGGAAUGAGGAUUUGCAGACGGAUAAGAAGGAUAAGAAAGUCAAGGGCAGUCAAAGUGGGAAUGCGAACGCGAACACAAACGGAAGUCUUGUUUUCUUUGAGGGAAGUAGCCUUGCAUUUGAUUUGGAGGAUUUGUUUCGGGCUUCCGCAGAGGUGCUAGAUAAGGGUACUUUUGGUACGACUUAUAAAGCGGCAUUGGAGGAUUCACACGCUGUUGUGGUGAAAAGGUUACAGGGUGUAGUAAAUGUAGCAAGACGCGAGUUUGAGCAACAAAUGGAGAUUGUUGGAAGGACCAUACAUGAGAAUGUGGUUCCGUUAAGGGCGUAUUACUACUCGAAAGAUGAAAAGUUGUUGGUGUAUGACUACUUCAGUCAAGGAAGUGUUUCUUCCAUGUUGCACGCAAAUAGAGGAGCGAAUAGGACACCGUUAGAUUGGGAUAGCCGAUUAAGGAUCGCCGUAGGAUCAGCAAGAGGGAUAGCUCAUAUCCACACACAAGCUAACGGAAAGUUUGUCCAUGGAAACAUCAAAGCAUCCAACACUUUCGUGAACCAGCAACGGUAUGGUUGUGUAAGUGAUCUAGGCCUGGCGGCAGUGAUGGUGUCACCGCUGACGAAGAGUGGUGGAUACAACGCACCAGAGAUAACUGACACUAAGAAGGUCUACCAAGCAUCAGAUGUCUACUCAUUUGGGGUUCUACUUCUUGAGCUUCUAACCGGGAAGUCACCAACUCAUGCUACAUGCGCCAACGAGGUCGUUCACUUGGUUAGAUGGGUUAGCUCGGUGGUUCAAGAGGAAUGGACUGCAGAGGUUUUUGAUAUGGAGCUUUUGAGGUACCCGAAUAUAGAAGAGGAGAUGGUGGAGAUGUUGCAGAUAGCGAUGCAAUGUGUGGCUAAGUCGCCGGAGCAGAGGCCUAAAAUGGCAGAGGUAGCCAAAUUGGUCGAGAACAUUCGGACAGGUGAUCGCCGGCUCUAAUAUUAGAAAGAAUCACUUACUGUUACACUAAAAUUUUCAGUUAAUAAGAAAUCUAGGGCUGUUUCCCUAGUGUUCUUGAGUGGUAUGAUGUUUGACUUUCACUACUAUUUGACCUGUUGACUGUUGACCUGUGUUCCCCAUAUUUUUU